GGAUUUUCCAGAGCUUGAAUGCAGCAAGGUAUUUAUCUCCUGCUAAUUUUAGCAGAUUGAAAAUCCCAGAAGUUAUCCCAGAUAAAUGCUAUCUGCUCCUCCAGGUUCCUAAAUGCCUUUGAAGUCAAAUUCUAUUUUCAAAAGCUACUCAGGAACAAAGGUGGUGUUUAAUUUACUUUUCCCUGAUUUUCCAGAAGUGUUAUUUUAAAAUAUAGAUGUGGCUCAGUGUUUUGCUUAAACGAGCAAAGCCCAGAGCGUAAACAUGGUGGCAACCAACGCGGCCCUGGCUGGGAGUGAUCUGCAAAGGCCAAGAUAGUGCUUCUCUCCAUCCUGGCAUAGCCAUGAAUAGGAUUUGUUAUGAUAAGAAGCUAAUAUGACAUUAACAAAAGUAGCUGUGCCUCGAUUCAUAAUACCACUGCUCUGCAUUAUUCUAGGAAUGUUCAUCCAGGCUUUAGAUGUGAUUUAUAAACUUUAAUUAAAUAAGCCUCUCGGAACCCCUUGUUGGUAAUGUAGGGUUACUUCUAAGAACUCGAAUUAACCAAGAAAUAAUUGAAUAAAGGUUAAUAUGGGAUAAGCUCUUCAUUUUGCAGAAGAAGAUACAGCUUUAAAUGUUGCAUCAGUUUUAGUUAGCACAGGAAACAGGAGAACUAACUCAAGGUCAUUCAACAAGACCAUGGAGGAGAGCCCUUGGGAGCUGACUGUGUACAACAAGGUGUUCUCAGGUUGAUUCCCACUCUUCUGCUUACUGUAAUAUUUGUUUAGAGUGUUAUAAACUGACUUUAUCCUGCUUGGCAUUGUGAAAAGGCAUAAAGUAGAGGCAGUGAAGGUACAGAAGUUGUCCCCUGGCUUGUCAGUGUUCCUGUUAGCGCUGCUUAUUUCAGCAUUUGUGUCUCUCUGCUCUAGAUCUGAAGAAGACUCCUCAUCCUUCAGAAGUAGCAUGCCCACAGUCUUCCUGGCCAAUGAUUCUUCUACAGCAAGCAGGACUUCUUCCUCAUCCUGAGCAGCCUUCAUCUCUUCCUAUGUCAGUGGCUACAAGGCCAAGAGCCAGCUCACCACUGUCCCCACCAAAAUCUCUCGGACUGGGGCCAUCCUUUCAUCACACACAAGAAGAAGAGCUUGCAAAGGUGGUGGAGCAGGACCCUAUGCUGGAGGAACUAUGUAAGCCCCUGUGCUGCAAGCUUUGCAAUGUCACUCUGAAUUCAGCACAACAAGCCCAGGCUCAUUACCAGGGUAAAAACCACAGUAAGAAACUCCGAAAUUACUAUGCUGCCAACAGCUGUCCGGCACCUGCCAGAAUGAGUAAUUCGGUUGAGCCUGCCCCACCUCAGGUUGUCUCCCUUCCAGCUCAGAUGGGAUCCAGUAAACCAGGUGGCCGAGUGAUCUUGGCCACGGAGAAUGAUUACUGCAAGCUUUGUGACGCCUCCUUUAGUUCUCCGGCUGUGGCCCAGGCUCACUACCAAGGGAAAAAUCAUGCCAAACGGCUGCGUCUUGCAGAAGCACAGAAUAACUCGUUCUCGGAUGCGUCGGAACUAGGCAAACGAAGGGCAAGGAAAGAAGGGAACGAAUAUAAGAUGAUGCAGAACAGAAGAAAUAUGUAUACAGUUCAAAACAACACAGGUCCUUACUUCAACCCCCGCUCCCGCCAGAGGAUUCCUCGGGACCUGGCCAUGUGUGUCACCCCCAGUGGCCAGUUCUACUGCUCCAUGUGCAACGCAGGGGCCAGCGAGGAGAUGGAGUUCAGGCAGCACUUAGAGAGCAAACAGCAUAAAAGCAAGGUGUCCGAGCAGCGCUACAGGAACGAGAUGGAGAACCUCGGCUACGUACAAUGACGCGCCGCCCUCGGUAGUAAUUUGCAACUAGAGCAGCUUGUCUCUCUCGCCUGCUGUUUGCCACAUGCCCUGCUUUGUGCUCCAUUCGAUAGGAGUAUUGCUCUCGAGCUAUACGUGUCACACCUGCAAACUUUAACGGUAUGGUUAGAUUUAUUUUCUGUCAUAGUUGGCAGGACGACGACGCUGUGCGGGACAUGAAGUGUUUUCGAUGUUUGUUUGCUAAUUAGCUAAGGCUCUUCGUUGUAUCGAGUGGCGGGGGGAGGACUUUUGGCUUCUCCCCAGCCUUCUGCAUGAAUAUGCAAAGCCCAAGAAGUGCUGGGAACUUCUGUCCUUCUACCACACGAGGUGGACCAUGUGCAGAGCCCACUCCCCUCUUUGCACACCGCAGAGCAGCGCUCCACAAUGCCUCCCGACAGCAGACUGAAUCUCUGGGCAGCUUUUAAAGGAGGGGCAGGAAAGGGGCCUGUGAAUGUGUGAAUUAGGUGGUGUACUCAUCCACAAAUUGCUGCUUGUGGCCCCUGUUACAGCCCAGAGUUAAGUUCUUUCCACGUCCUUGUAGAAAGGCUGUGCAUACCUCUCCUCCUUGGAGAGUCGUGCCUCUUACCACUUCCUCUGCGAUGCAGAUUUCAUUCUGAACAUCAGACAUUGGCUGUCAGCUGAUUAGCCCCAUUCAGAAAUACUCUCUUCUACCAGUUAGCCAUGAAAAAAGAUUCUUAAUGUUGUUGGCUGAGCACCUUAAUGCACCAUAGAGGGUAGCUCAUCUCCCUGAAGAGAGUCUCUGCGGGUCUCAGUGACUUAAUGAAGUGAAUUGGAAAGCAAACCUGCUCAGAUGAGAUGUACUCUGCUUUCAUUCUGCCUUAGACUUGAGUAGGGUUGAGAAGAGGUUGGAAGGAGCUGCCAGCUGUGAUUUCUUUGCAUACUGAUGUAGAAGAGAGCAGGCACCAAUCUCUGGCCUGUAGCCUUGGUCUCUGGCCUGCAGCUCUGUUGCUCUGGGAGAGCAGGGCUCCCCAGACCUUUGGGAACAGAUAUCAGUGUGUCCCACUUCCAUGCCAUUCCCUGCACAAAACCCAAUGGGUAUUAUAGAGGAGAGGUGAAAAGCUCCUUUAGACUAGAGCUACCAAUAUAUGAUUAAUUUCCCCCCCCCUUUCUUUUCCCAUCUGCAAAUGGAUUUUAAUUCCAUUCCUCUAUGUGAAUUUCAGUGUUUUAGGGACCAUCAAAAAUCCAAAGUUAGGUAGGAUAUAAAUGUCAGGGGUGAUGAUUGUUGAGUAACAGCUUUUUGGCCAAGCAGAAGUACUCAUGGAACUUGUUGAGCAGCUUCCUAAGUGUGGACGAACCCAAAGGGUGUGUGUCUGGUUUAUUUUCUUUAGCAAAAGUAGAAAGAAGACGAAGAGCAGAAGUAGGGCUGCCAUGUAUUUUUCUGCUCGUUUGGGUGGAUGUCAGGUGCUGUGGGUUGGAAUCAAGUUCCCAGUGUUUCUCAGGUGGUGGCUCUGGUGGUGAGUGCAGGACGUAGGUAACCUCCUCUGGCCCCGAGUCCCCACUGCGCUGCUACAGCCGUACGCCCGUACAGCUUCCUCAACUUCAGUGGCAGGGCCAGCCAGGGGGUGAAGGAAGCAUCACAGCUUGUCCCUCACUCCUUUUUAGGCAGUAAGUUGAAUUAGAUGCAGCUCUGUUGGUUUCAGUAGCAUUUUCCCAGGGAUAAGUUUUACCUAGUGCAUAACGUUGAAGGUAGCUCCCCCCAACCCCUGUUUUUUGCCAUUCUGAUCCCACCUCUUGCUUUUCAAAAGGACUUUCUUCUUGCCUUAAAAAAUGGAAAACGAGCAAACUAACAACAACAAAAAAAAAA